AUGGCAAAGCCGGCACCGCCGGCGUUCGUCUACCGGAUCAGCACGGGCGACGAGUGGGCGGAGUUUCAGCGUACGGGCGCCACCCUCGGAGGCGACCUUGAUCGCUCCACCGGCUGCAUCCAUCUCAGCGACCUAAGCCAGGUAACCCCACCUUUUGAUUUCUUACGGCCUACGCCCCUGCCUAAAAUUCCCACAGUCCGUACUUCCGCAGAGAACUAUUCGCUUGCUGGAACAGAUUUGGGUUGUUCUUGCGUUCUUGAGUUGUAUGAUACUUGGGAUAGGUCAUCCAGCUCUGGAAUCUAUGGCUUGGAGCAGAAUUUUAAUCCAUUUCGUGGGCUUUGGUGGUUACAGAACUCAGGGUAG